AUGACGUUCGGGGAACUAGCCCUCGUGCUUGCCGUCGAUAAAGUUCACAAAAUGUUGUACGGUCGCCACUUCACGUUGCUGACGGAUCACAAACCAUUGCUGUCAAUCUUCGGUUCGAAGAAGGGCAUUCCCGUCUACUCAGCCGGCCGACUUCAGCGAUGGCCAAUCAUCCGUCUUGGCUACGAUCUCGACAUUCGCUACUGUCGCACUACAGACUUUGGUCAGGCUGACGCCCUUUCUCUCCUCAUCAGCAAUCAGCAGGAACCGGAGGAAGAUACCGUGAUUGCCGCCAGUUCGAUUGAGGACGAUGUGCGCGGUCAGCUGUCAGACUCCAUACGAGGUAUCCCUGUCACUGCCGCGGACAUCCGGCAUGCUACUGAACAGGAUCCUGUCCUCCGUCAGGCCAUCACCUACGUGCAGACCUGCUAG